AUGGGAGCAGGAGCAAGUGGCGAUAGCAAGCGGUCAAAAGAGCUGGAGAAACAGCUCCAGGAGGAUGCUGACAAGGAGGCCAAGACAGUGAAGCUGCUUCUGCUGGGUGCUGGUGAGUCUGGGAAGAGCACCAUUGUAAAGCAGAUGAAAAUUCUCCAUCAGGGUGGUUACACAAAAGAGGAACAACUGGAGUUCAGGGCUGUCAUCUAUGGCAACAUCCUGCAGUCUGCCCUGGCCAUCAUCAGAGGAAUGGAGAUGUUGGAAAUCAAUUAUGGCGCAUCAUCAGGACAGGAGGAUGGCCAGAAGUUGCAGAACUUGUCAGACUCCACUGAGGAAGGCACCAUGCCCCCUGAGCUGUCAGAUGUCAUCAAGCGGCUGUGGAAGGACUCGGGUGUGCAGGCUGCUUUCGAGAGAGCUGCUGAGUUCCAGCUCAACGACUCCGCUGGAUACUACCUCGCAGACUUGGACAGAAUUGCCUCCGCUGACUACUUACCCACUGAGCAGGAUGUGCUGCGAUCUCGAGUCAAGACAACUGGUAUCAUUGAGGAAAACUUCUCUUGCAAGGAGCUGAUCUUCAGGAUGUUCGAUGUGGGGGGACAGAGAUCAGAGAGAAAGAAGUGGAUUCAUUGUUUCGAGGGUGUGACCUGCAUCAUCUUCUGUGGUGCCCUCAGCGCCUACGACAUGGUGCUUGUGGAGGACGAUGAAGUGAACCGCAUGCACGAGUCUCUCCAUCUAUUCAACAGUAUCUGCAACCACAGGUUCUUCGCCACCACAUCCAUUGUGCUUUUCCUCAACAAGAAAGAUCUCUUUGAGGAGAAGAUCAAGAAAGUUCAUCUCAACAUCUGCUUCCCCGAUUAUGAUGGCCCCAACACAUUCGAUGAUGCCAGCAACUACAUCAAGCAGCAGUUCCAGGAUCUAAACAUGAAGAAAGGAGUGAAAGAAAUCUACGCUCACUUGACCUGUGCCACAGAUACAAAGAACGUGGAAAUUGUGUUCAAUGCCGUGACAGACAUUAUCAUCAAAGAAAAUCUUAAGGACUGCGGUCUGUUCUAG